AAAUCCAAAACAAUGUACUCUUCAUCGCCCGUAUCGACAUGCUUCUUUUUGAUCCAUAUCUUGGCCAUGGUGGCCACACAACUGGUCUUUAUGCGCACCGUUUCGUCUUUGAACAUGACCAAUGCCUAUCUGAACCACAAAUGCUUAGCCAAACAAGGGAGAUACAAGCCGGGAAGUUGGUAUGAGAAACAACUCCAAACUAUCAUAGUCUCUAUCGGAAGCGGUGAUGGUUUUACCCACGGUUACGAUAUGAUGGGCCUUAGUGAUGAUUCUGAUUACGUCAGUGUCACCAACCAGUGCCGCGGCGACUCUUACGGGUCCAAGUGCCGCUCCUGCUUUGCCACCGCCAUCGCAGGGCUUCGGAGGAGAUGUCCGCGGUAUAAGGGGGCAAUAAUAUGGUAUGACCAAUGUACUGUCGAGAUUUCUUCGUUCGAUCCUCAAGGAAAGUUCGAUAAAGAUAACGAUUUCUGUAUGUCCAACGCGAAGAAAAUGAACGUAGAUUCGUUUGGAGAGAAGUGGAUGACUUUCCUCGACAAUUUGGUAGGUAUAGCCCUCAAAGAUUAUUUGUAUGCCGCGGGGGAUACAAGGUUCGGAACGAAGAAGUUGUACGGGAUGGUGCAGUGUAGGACUGACAUAUCUAAUAAUAGUUGUCGAAAGUGUGUUGGACACUUAGCCGUGAAAUUUCAAGAUUGCUGGCAUGGUAAACAAGGAGCUAGAGUUAUGGGUAGUGGCUGUAACUUUAGGUAUGAGCUGUACCCUUUUGUUAGUAGUGCCAAGCCUCGUCCUAGUUUGAAGUAAUUUUAAAUUCUUAUGCUUUUAGAUUUUUUUUCCCUGAACAUUAAAUUUUAUUUAUAUGA